AUGGAGACCAUCACCAUGUCCCAACUCUUGUACCUAGGAAUCGGGCUGGUCAGUUUGCUCUUCCUCAAGCGAUCCAUUCUCGCUUUCUUCGGCGAGCCUAAACCCGUCAAUUGGCAUGCCUGCGAUCCCUUCCAGCGCCAAGCAAAGGAGGACUUUAGCCACAAUGCCCGCGAACUGAUUGCGAAAGGGCUCGAGGAGGGUCGCUCGAUGUUCCGAGUGGCGACCAACAUGGGAAUGUAUCUAAUUUUGUCCGACCGAUACGCUGAGGAAAUUAGAAACGAUGAGAGAUUCAGUGCCUACGACGCGUUAGUGGAUGUCAUUCUUCUGGAGUUACCGGGCUUUGAAACGACGUUCCAAAGCUCGUUACAUAACCAUGUCUCUCCGAUGGCUAUCCAGGCCCUGAACAAGAAACUUCAGCCCCUAACUUACCACCGCUUCUCCACCUUUUAUUUAGUACACUUGACGCGCCCCCUCUCCGAUGAAGCCAGCGAGUGUUUGCGCACUAAGUGGACCGAGGCGUCUACAGUUUGGCAGUCCGUGCCCAUCCGCGAGACGAUAUUGGCGUUAGUGGCGCAGAUGACCACGAGAGCCCUAAUUGGACCCGAGCUCAGUCGCAACUCCGAAUGGCUCGAGAUCGUCAUCAGCUUCACUACUAACCGCGCCAUCGCCGUGGCCGCCAUUCAAGCCUGGCCUCGCUUUCUCCAACCGCUGGUCCACUGGUUUUUGGGCCCCUGCCAGACGGUGCGCCGUCAGAUCAAGCGCGCGAACCGCAUUUUGUUGCCUGUGCUGCGUGAGAAAACCCGUUGUGCGGGGGAGCGCAACGCCGACGACCGGGAGUUUUCCACCCUGACGUUCAUCGACCAGUUCGCCAAUGGCGCACGCUACGACGCCACGCUAGCGCAGCUACGUUUAAUCGCCGUCUCCGUCCUGACGACAGCGGAUCUAGUGGAGAAAGUGGUGGCUCGACUGGUGGAACACUCCGAGCUGAUCCAACCGCUGCGCGAGGAGUUGGUUACCGUCUUGACAGCUAGCCCGCAUGGCAUCCAUCGCACCAGCCUGCUUAAGCUCACGCUGAUGGAGAGUGUAAUGAAGGAAAGCCAGCGUCUUGAGCCUGCCACACUCAUAUCAAUGUUCCGCUUCGCUAAAGAGCCCGUAACUCUCCAAGACGGCACCAAAAUCCCCAAAGGUACCAACUUGGCCUUCGCCAAUGACCUCCGCCUCAAUGCCAUCAUGUACCCGGAUCCCGAAGUAUUUGACGGCUACCGCUUCGAAAAGAUGAGGGGAGAUCGCAGCACCGCCGGUUUGGCCCCCUUCACGAAGACGCGCAUGAGCCACUUGGCCUUUGGUCACGGGAAGCACGCCUGUCCCGGGCGGUUUCUGUCGUCUGAUGAGGCGAAGUUGAUUCUGUGUCACAUGUUGCUUAAGUACGAUAUCAGGGCGCCGGAGGGGGGCAUUGGGGGUCUGUUAGUUAGUGGGAUGUUUGUGCAGCGGGAGGCGGGGGCGAGGAUGGUGGUAAAACUACGUGAACUGGAGGCCGAAUUGGCGGAGAUAUUGCAAUAA